UCUCUUUAACUAUAACACUUGUGAAAGUUAAAUAAGUUAGUUACUCAUACUAGCAACAAAACGUUUGACAUCUGAUGUAAAAUUUCAGGAUACCCUUUAAAGGAAAAUACAUCAAAAAUCCUCGUGACGACUUACAUGAGGAGCGGGUCGUCCUUUGUCGGAGAACUCCUCAGGUUUGGUGGACACGUCUUCUACGUGUUUGAGCCUUUCUGGUCGGUGUAUGAGAAAACUUUUCGGACGGAUACUGAAGUCUGCAUGCGAAACGGAACUUGCUAUAUACCAACUAAAACACUGCAUAAGAUCAACAAAACAAUGGAGAUUAUCAAAAUGAUUUUUGACUGUCGAAUUUCUGAGCUGCCGAAGGAAGUGCUAAAGAGUUUCACAAAUUUCCCAUUCACAAGUGGGUAUAGCAGACGAUGUAAGUCAAUUUUUUCUAAACGACAGAAGUGGAAAUCACGAGAACAAUAUUUACAUGACAACAGAAAGGAAUGGUGUUUUACUCGCUGGCAAAGAGCCUGCAAAGAGGCCAGUGCACGGGUUAUAAAGACUAUUCGUUUAUCACCGCGACUUCUGGAGGGAAUUCAAGCGUUCAUAAAUGAUGUCAAAAUACUUCAUUUGAUUCGUCAUCCGUUAGGUGUUUUGAACUCUCGUAUAAACAUCGGAGAGAUUAGUGAAAGCAACGUGCACUUAUCUGCUCGUCACUUGUGUCAACUAAUGACAAGAGACGUUCUCUAUAUCAAGAACGAAUUGAGAAAAAAUAAGGAAACGGUACUGCCAUUAAGCUUUGAAUGCUUGGUUUCGAAUCCAGCAGUAGUGGCUACCAAAUUGUUCGGUCGACUAGGUUUGAAUUAUUCCAAGGAAACAGAAAGUUGGAUCAAGGAGCACACAGAUCGCCGCAAUGUAGGCAAAACUAGUACAGGAACUCUUAAACCCAAUACUAACGAGGGGAAGUCACACAUUGCCAACGGUACUUUCCAGAUACGUAAAACGUACUCUAAAGAAAUAGCCAAGGCAUGGAAAAGUGCUCUCUCUGGAGACAUUGUGAAGGGAGUGAAUGCAGUUUGUAACAAUCUGUAUAAAGCAGUUGGUUUCUUUGAGUCGGAUGACGGUACUGACUUGUCGACAUAUGGUAGUGAUUUUUGCUGAUUCAUCUGUUCAUGCGAUAGAUCUUAAGAAUCCCAGUUUGUAGCUAUUAUUCAGAUAUAGACAUACGAAUGGGGAAGUCGGUUAGAUAACAUAUUCAAAGUAUUUUGUCAUUGGCAAUCGAUCGAUAUACCUAUUUUUAUACGCCCGUCGAAGACGGGACGUAUUAUGGUAUGGCGUCGUCCGUCUGUCUGUCCGGACCUUGUGGGCAGGAUACAGACUGAACCAUAAGCCCUAGGACUUUACAACUUGGUACAUUUGAUCACCAUGAUGAGAGGAAGAUGCUUAUUGUUUUUCAAGGUCAGAGGUCAAAGGUCAAGGUCGUAGUAUCACUUUUUAGGAAAACCUUGUGGGCAGUAUACAAACCGAACCGUAAGCUCCAGGAGAUUAUAACUUGGUAUAUUUGAUCACCAUGAUGAGAGGAAGGUGCCUAUUAUUUUUCAAGGUCAGAGAUCAAAGGUCAAGGUCGUAGUAUCACUUAUCAGGAAAACCUUGUGGGCAGGAUACAAACCGAACCGUAAGCUCCAGGAUAUUAUAACUUGGUAUAUUUGAUCAUCAUGAUGACAGGAAGGUGCCUAUUGUUUUUCAAGGUCAAAGGUCAAAGUCGUAGUAUCACUUAUUAGGAAAACCUUGUGGGCAGGAUACAAACCGAACCGUUAGCAUAUUUAUGAAGUAGCACAUUCUAAGGCUAUCCCUCUUUAUAUCUUGAUAUCCAUUUCUACAAGCAUAAUAAUGAAUUAGCUCACAGAGGACAGUGCUAACUUCACUAAAAUAUGAAUCCCACUAAAAUAUGUUUUCCUUGAGCAAAAUCUACGGGCGUAUUAUGCCACGUUGGCGUUGCUCUUGUUCCACAUGCCAUAUUUCACUCACAAUGAAAAUGAGUCUUUCAGAGUUUGACCUUGUCUAAGAGUGUAUCAUUCAAUUCCUGCUCAACAAUUCAAUUUUAAAACAUGAAAUACUUCUUUGACUGUUAGAAUUCCUAUGGGCACGAAUUUUGCUCCUUUAUUAACUGACUUGUUUUUAUAUUCUUUUAAGUCAGAAUUUAUUCAAAAGCUUCUACAUCAGAAGAAAAAAUUUUUGCUGGGGCUUUCAAUUCGAUAGCUAGAUGUAUCGACGACGUUUUAUUUAUUAACAAUAAUCAUUUUCAUUCAUAUGUCGAUUCGAUAUAUUCCAGUAAACUCGAAAUAAAAGACACCGCAGAGUU